GCAAAGGUAAAGUAACACGUUAGCUACACAAUUUUCUCGUGCGUUUGGCUUUCAAGUUACUGGUUCAGAAGUAUGAGUACAGUAGCAAAGUGUGCUGCAGCCUGUGAUAGGAACAAGGCUGCGAUAUUGGAAGUUUUGAAAGACUACCUGCCCGCUGGCAAACCUACGCAUGUACUUGAGAUCGGAUCAGGUACGGGCGUGCACGGCGUCCACUUCACCUCCGCGCUGCCGCACGUCGCGUGGCAGCCGUCCGACUGCGACGACGAGCAUCUGAGCCGCAUCGUCGCGAACCGACAAGCGAACCCGUCGCUCAGCAACUUCCUCCCGCCGCUGCGCGUCGACGCGACGUCUCCCGCCGACGCGUGGGGCGUCGCGCGCGGCUCCGCCGACCUCCUCUACUCGAGCAACGUCGUCCACGUCGCCCCCUGGGCGGUCGCGCGCGGGCUGUUCGCCGGCGCCACCUGGGCGCUGCGCGGCAGCGGGCUGCUGGCGAUGUACGGGCCGUUCACGGUGGACGGCGUCGCGCAGCCCGAGUCGAACGCGAGGUUUGACGCGGCGCUGCGGCUGCAGGACCCCGCCUGGGGGCUGAGGGACGUGCGCGAGCUGCAGACGCUGGGUGAGGAGAACGGGCUUGAGCUGGUCAGCUCGCACGAGAUGCCCGCAAACAACAAGAUGCUGUUCUUCAAGAAGGUGGCGGACGGCCGCUAG